GUUAUCUUUUGCUGCUGGAAGGUGGCAUUGCUACACAGGCAAACGUUUUCCAGUGUCAGCCAGGCCUAAAAGCAUGGUUUACUUUCCCUGUACACUUCCCUUCAGUUUCCCCAGUCUGGAGCCAGGUGACCAGGUAGGAAAUGUAGCAUUUCCUCAGUCAUGCACAGAGCUGCCAAAUUAGGUCCCACUUCAUUUUCACAUCGGAUGUUUUGAAACCAUUUUAACAGGGGUUUGAAAGAUCAGAGGCUGUAGCUGGAUUACUUCAUUAAUUAAACAAAUUUCAGAAAAUAAAACCAGACAAGGGCCUCACUCAUAACUGCUGUGAUGCACUUUUGGGGAGACAGGUUUAAAAGAACGUGUUGCUUCUGACCUGUACGUUCCCAUCAAAGCAAAGCAAAUCGAAAACUCAUGAAAACUUGUGUUCCUGCACACAAAUUCUCUGUGGUUUGGACCUUGUUCAUGAUGGCAGCUGUCUGCUCAGAGCCAAGUGCUUUUGUUUUUCACCUGGUUGCCUUUUGUGGCUUUGCAUUUGCUCAUUUAAAAAAAAAAUAUUAAACAUCAGGUGGUUUGGGGUUUUGAUUAUUUUUUUUUCCACCUCCUGCAGCAUGGCAAGACAAGCAGGGAAUGUGGCAGGUGAGCUGAAAGGGUGAGGGUUGCUUUCCCUCCAUGUUUCCAGGGACUGCUCACGAGGCAGCUGCCAGCAGCAGCCCUGCACCUCACUUCCUAUGCUCACCUCACCAUGGCAGCAGCCUGAUAGGGAGGUCAGUUAUUCGGGGUCCCAUCUGCACUGAAACACAAAGUGUGAAUCAGGUGGGCUUUAGGGACAGAGGUUGUCCUGUCCCUGGUGCACCCCUGUUCGUCAGGCACUGGAUGUGAAUUUUCUUCCUUGAAGAGAUGCACGUGCUGUGGACAUAGUUCGGUUGAUGAAGUGUUGCUUGGGUUUCCAUCAUGAUGCACUGGUUAAUCAUAGCUUCAUAGAAUCCUAGAAUGUUUUGGGUUGGAAGGGACCUUAAAGAUCAUCUAGCUCCAACCCCCCUGCCAUGGGUAGGGACACCCUCCACUAGACCAUGUUGCCCAAAGCCCUGUCCAGCCUGGCCUUCAACACUUCCAGGGAUGGGGCAUCCACAGCUUCUCUGGGCAACCUGUUCCAGCGCCUCACCACCCUCAUAGCAAAGAAUUUCUUCCUAACAUCUGAUCUAAAUUUGCUCUCUUACAGCAUAAGGCCAUCACACCUUGUCCUAUCACUCCUUGACCUAAACAGUCCCUCUCCAGCUUUCUUGCAGGCCCCCUUUAGGUACUGGAAGGCUGCUUUAAGGUCUCCCCAGAGCCUUCUCUUCUCCAGGCUGAACAACCUCAACUCUCUCAGCCUGUGUUCACAGGAGAGGUGCCCCAUCUUUCUGAUAAUCUUCGUGACUCUUCUCUGGACUUGCUCCAACAGAUCCAUGUCUGUCUUGUGCUGGGGAUCCCAGAGCUGGAUGCAGUACUGCAGGUGAGGUCUCGUGAGGGUGGAGUAGAGGGGCAGAAUUAUCUCCCUCAGUCUGCUGGUCACACUUCUUUUGAUGCAGCCCAGGAUAUGGUUGGCUUUCUGGGCUGCAAGCGCACAUUGCUGGGUCAUGGUGAGCUUUUCAUUAACCAACACCCUCAAGUCUUUCUCUUCAGGGCUGCUCUCAAUCCAUUUUCUGCCCUGACCCACGUGCCGGGACCUUGCACUGGACCUUGUUGAACUUCAUGAGGUUCACAUGGACCCACCUCUCAAGCCUGUCGAGGUCCCUCUGGACAACAUCCCUUCCCUCCAGUGUGUUAACCACACCCCACAGCUUGGUGCAAGUCAGCAAACUUGCCAAGGGUGCACUCUAUCCCACUGUCCAUGUUGCUGACAAAAAUAUUAAACAGUGCCAGCCCCAAUACUGACCCCUGAGGAAUGCCACUCACCACUGUUCUCCACUUGGACAUUGAGCCGUUGACUGCAAGUCUUUGAGUGUGACCAUCGAGCCAAUUCCUUAUCCACCAAGUGGUCCAUCUGUCAAAUCCAUGUUCUCUCCAAUCUAGAAACAAGGUUGUCAUGUGGGACAGUGUCAAGUGCCCACAUUUUCCUUAGUCUUCCUUUUAUGACUAACCUACCUGUAGAAGCUUCUCUUGUUGCCCUGGAUGUUCCUGGCCAGAUUUAAUUCUAUCAGGGCUUUGGCUUUCCUAACCUGGUCCCUGGCUGCUCAGACAGUUUCUCUGUAUUCCUCCCAGGCUACCUGUCCUUGCUUCAACCCUCUGUAGGCUCCCUUUUUGUGUUGGAGUUUGCCUAGGAGCUCCUUGUUCAUCCAUGCAGGCCUCCUGGCAUUUUUGCCUGACUUCCUCUUUGUUGGGAUGCAUCACUCCUCAGCUUGGAGGAGGUGAUCCUUGCAUACUAACCAGUUUUCUUGGGCACCUCUUCCCUCCAAGACUUUGUCCUAUGGUACUCUACCUAGCAGGUCCCUGAAGAGGCCAAAGUCUGCUCUCCUGAAGUCCAGGGCAGUGAGCUUGCUGUGCCCCCUCCUCGCUGCCCUCAAGAUCUUGAACUCCACCAUUUCAUGGUCACUGCAGUCAAGGCUGCCCUUGAGCUUCACAUCCCCUACCAGCCCCUCUUUGUUGGUGAGAACAAGGUCCAGCAUGGCUCCUCUACCACUUGGAAAAGGAAGUGAUCAUCAACACAUUCUAGGAACCUCCAAUUUUGGUAGUUGUCACUAUCUGGAGGAACAGCCAUCUGCAGGUGAAAUCCAGAGGUUUGUGGGGUCAGGUGUGCAUUUUCCUCUGCCCGCUGAGCUCCAGCAGGGCAACAGCCCAGGACAGCCACCUUGCUCCCAAAUCGGAGGAGCUGAAGCAGCAUCAUUUAGCAGCUUUGUCAGGAGCAACACCGUGUAUUUAAAGCUGUCUGCUGGGGCUUUGUUCUGGCAAGCAGCUCAUGUUUGAAAGCUCUGAGAUGUUCCUGGUGCUCUCUCUGACGUCCUCGGAUGAGACAUGGCAGGCCCUGCAAACAUAUGUGAUGUAGCUCCUGAAGAUGUGCCAUGGGGGGGAUCCAUCCUCCUUAGCAACUGCGUAUUGAUGUAUCCCAAAUGACAUCCUUACUGAGAUCCUGGAUGGGCCAUGGUUUGGAGGUCCCAGUAAACUCUCCUUGCUCAUGCCGGUGUUGGGCCUCAUUUCAUCCCCCUCUUUCAGGAUGCAGGUUGAAGGGACAAAGAUGGUCCCUGGCUGGUCAUGAGCCCCCCAAACUGCAGUUUGGACUGAAACUCAUUUGGUUUUGUUACUGACCUCCAAAAAGAAGCAUUUGACUUGGGCUUGGUUUCUGUGGUGGGUAGUGAUUCUCAUGUGGCAGAAAAACUAUUUGAAGUGUAGAGUUAGCAAACCAGUAAUUAGACAUGCAGAAAACCACUCCGUGGAAUAGAAGAUGGAAAAGAAGCAACAAUCUGUACAAUUUUCUUGUAAAACUGUAGCAGAGGGACCUUGGCCCUUCCUCCCUAUUGAAGCAUCUUUGCUUGCGCCUGAUCCUCAUGUACUCAUGAGAGGUGGGAGCUCAGUGCAGCAACUCAAUGCAGCAGAGAGCUCACUGAGCUUCCAGAGACUGAGGAAUUCAAAAUGUUUAGUGUGACUUCUAAGAAACCUUUGAUUGAUUCAGACUUGUAACCUAGAUGUUUCUUGUUCUCCACUCUUUUUCUUCCAUCCUAUUCCUUUAUUUUUUUUGUUCUUAGCUCUUUCUUCCUUUGGGGGGGAGGGGGAUAUUCAGUGAAAUAUAGAUAAGCCUUGCUCUGUCUUUGAUGUCUUUUGAUUUUUUCUUCCUUUUGCUGAUGUUGCUGCAUGAAUUUUGCAGAAGGUCAUACAUCAGAAAAGGAGCAGACUGUUAAGUGUGGCUGUGUGGCCUGGGAGGGAGAGCAAGCUGUGGAGGAGCAUACCAGGAGCCGUGGCUCAAUCCUCAUCUCCACCACCCUGUCCCAGGGCACUGCCUUGCUGCCUCCCUUUUCUCGUCUAUGAAAGUCAAUGUCAUGAGCACAGUGGGAUCUGCAGGGCAGAGUGACGUGACCCAAUCACCUUCACCCUGUUUCCAGCAGCAGCCAGGCUUACAGAGCCCAUUCUGACCCCUUCUCUCACCUUUUGGCCUGUUUCAGCCAAAUUGGGUACAAGGGAAGAGGCUUCCAUCUGAACAUGAGGAAAAACUUCUUCACUUUGAGGAUGAUAGCACUGGAAUAGGUUUCCCAGAGAGGUUGUGGAGUGUCCUCUGGAGAUACUCAAAACCCACCUGGACACGAUCCUGUGCAACCUGCUCUAGCUGAUCCUGCUUUAGCAGGGGGGUUGGCCUAGAUGAUCUGUAGAGGUCACUUCCGACCCUACCAUUCUGUGGUUCUGUGAUUCAAAGGUAAUUUCUCUAAGUAUCAUUAAAAAUGAGCGGCUAGGAGGAUGGGCAUUUGGACAGUUGCGUGUUUGGCUCUAACUUCUGAUCCUAUCUGCAGUGGGAUGUAGCAAGCCACCAAUCACAGUCAAAAUACUCUGCAGGAGGAUGAUUCUGAGGGGAAGUAGAAGGGAAUUUUGAAGGAAUAUGUGGAAAUAAUAGAAAAUAUUCAGUGUAAUCCAGUUUAAAGGCUAGUCAGCACAAAUCUGUAGAAAACCAGGCAUCAUUUCUUCCACUGCUCAUCUGCUUGUUUAUUAUUAAAAGGGAGAAGGAAAAAAAGAAGCAGAAGAGGCAAUGUUGGCUCUGAGGUGCUAAUGCUUUGGGGAAUGGCGAUGACAAUGUUGGCGAUCACAGGUUAGAGGGAAAUGGCACUGUGUCAUCCUGACCAAGGCAGAGACGUAAGCCUGUGGGCAGCCCUGUUCCUCUUUCACAAAGCUGAGCAACGAUGCUCCCAUUUCCCAGGGAUGCACCGGGAACUUAAAGGCAGCCUUGAAAUUCAGCCAGAUGCUCCAGUGCUUCACCAAAUAGGAGCAAGUGUGUGGGAUCAUCUAGUCCAUCCCCCCUGCCAUGGGCCGGCACAUCUUUAAUUAGAUCUCUAGUUCAGGUUCCCCAUUUAAUACGCUUCUACAAAAAUCAGUGCAGGUCUUACCCACUCUGCAAAUCUCUACUUUCCAUCCUGCUCUGGUUUGCAAACCCCAGUGCCUCCACCACCCCAUCCCAAGGACUCCUCGAUUAUAAAAGAUGAAUUUUCAGUCAGGACUGGAAGUGCUAUGAGUGCAGAGCCCAUCUGAUCAAGAAGAAUAGCAAAUUGGAGUCAAAAAUUAGUGAGGAAAAAGCAUCUUGUCAAAUAGGAAAGUGUGACUUUUUUUUGUCCUUUCAAUUAAUGAAACUGUUUUGACAACUAAAUUGCCCUCCUUCCCUCCGCUCACUCCUGAUGAGCACAGGUAGAUCCUAAAGCAGCUGGUGUAGUUUUUCUUUGUGGUCGUUCUGACUGAUGUUGACAUCAGAUCCUUUUAAAAGUGUUUUACAUAGUUCUUGCAUUUGGGAACCUCCAAAAUCACUUUGACAGAGGAAUCAUGCUUAAAAAUGGAUUUAUUUUUUUUUUAAUUCUUUAGGGAGCGAAGUGCACAAAUCAGGGCUUGAUGAGAAUAUCAACAGGGUCACAGGAAGGGAACCUGUUUAAAAGGUGUCAUGCAGCUGACAGGUCUACUGGCGGAGCUGAUGGUCACAGCCAGGGUGGAGAUUCUUCAUUAAACAAAACAGAGUAAAAUAACCAAGAAAGGUUGGAGCUGUUUGCGAGAUCUAUUGAGUUGACUGCUCACCCUGUCAAAAAAAGUCAUCAUUUGGGACGACAGGCCACUGCCAGCAGCUGCCAUGGCUAGCAAAAGAAAGUCAACAACUCCCUGUAUGGUCCGAACUUCUGAAGUCAUGGAGCAAGAAGGCGCUGAGGGCACAGAGGCCCUUAAAGAGAAGGGGGCUGGUGCACCACAGCAGGACUCUAAAAAAAAUUGGCCUUCAGAAAGCUCAAUCAAAGACUGUGAAGUGGUUGAGGCAAAGCCCCCAGCUGAAAAUCAGUCUAAGAAACCCCAGGGUGGUUACGAGUGUAAAUACUGCCCUUACUCAACACAAAACUUAAAUGAAUUUACAGAGCAUGUUGACACUCAGCAUCCAAAUGUCAUUCUGAACCCCCUGUACGUCUGUGCUGAAUGCAACUUCACAACCAAAAAAUACGAUUCUUUAUCUGACCACAACACAAAAUACCACCCAGGAGAGACUAACUUUAAACUGAAGUUAAUUAAACGCAAUAAUCAGACUGUUUUAGAACAGUCCAUUGAAACCACCGGUAAUGAUGUCACUGUCACAAGCGGUGGGCUGGAAAAUGCGGAGUGUGAUGAUUCACUUCAUGGGGGAAUUAGUGCAAGUAAAACGCCAGUGAUGAAACUGGGAAAGCCUAAAGGGGAAACCAAGAAGGGUCCCAAAAAACCAGAAGAGGGAGUUACGGAAAACCACGUGGAUGGCACUCUUCCCCGCAUCAUAACUGAAGCCACUGAAGCUAUUGCUUGUAUAAAUGGAGACCUUCUCCAUGAUGUGUUAGCCCACGUUAUGCCCUCUGUACAGCUGCCACCAAAUAUUAACCUUGUCCCCAAAGUCCCGGUACCUCUGAACAGUACCAAAUACAACUCUGCAUUGGAUACUAAUGCCACCAUGAUCAACUCCUUUAAUAAGUUUCCUUACCCAACUCAAGCAGAGUUGUCGUGGUUGACAGCUGCAUCAAAACAUCCAGAAGAACAAAUCCGAAUCUGGUUUGCUACGCAACGUUUGAAGCAUGGUAUAAGUUGGUCUCCUGAAGAAGUAGAGGAGGCAAGAAAGAAGAUGUUCAACGGUACUAUCCAGGCAGUUCCCCAAACCAUCACCGUCCUGCCAGCUCCUUUGACAACUGCAAAAAUGCCGCAGCCCAUCAUCCAAACAGCUUUGCCUUGUCAGAUACUGGGCCAGACCGGUCUGGUUUUGACUCCCGUGUCAAAUGGUUCAACUGUUUCCUGCUCACCAAUCACGCUUGCUGUUGCCCCAAACCAGGGGCAAAAGAGGACAAUACAGAACUUACCAAGUGCCCCAGAGGCCAAGCGUCCUCAUGUAGUUCAGGUGCCUGAGAUUCCUGCCAAGAUGACUGCUGUACCACUGACGCCAGCCAGUGAGCGAAAAAAGACAAAGGAGCAGAUAGCAGAGCUGAAGGCCAGUUUCAUGGCAAGCCAGUUUCCUGAUGAUGCGGAAGUCUACCGGCUGAUAGAGGCAACGGGUCUCUCUAGGAGCGAGAUCAAGAAGUGGUUCAGUGACCACAGGUACAGAAGUCAAAGGGGCGUUGUGCACAUCCCUGGUGAUGCUUUAGGGAAAGAUCAAAUAGCACCUUCAGCUGGUCGACAUGGCCGUUCGUUUCACCCAUACGCAGAUUUUACUCCCCAGAGAUUCAAAGAGAAAACCCAAGAGCAGCUUAGGGCCCUUGAAGAGAGUUUCCUCAGAUGCUCUUUUCCUACCCAAGGAGAAUUGGACAGGCUUCGAGUGGAGACUAAGCUGAGUAGGAGGGAGAUAGAUUCAUGGUUCUCUGAGCGGAGAAAGAUAAGGGACAGCAUGGAGCAAGCUGUCUUGGACUCAAUGGGGUCAUACAGAAAAGUUAAAGAACAAGGAACUCCCAAUGGUGCAAUAAGCCAGGCAGAACUGCUGAGUAGCUCUCAGCUCCCUGGUGCUUUAUCUGGGUCCUCCACCACAUUUAAGAAAACGCAGGAGCAGAUUCAUCUACUGAAAAGCACAUUUGCAAGGACCCAGUGGCCAUCACCCCAGGAAUAUGACCAGUUAGCAUCUCAGACUGGGCUCACAAGAACUGAAAUAGUUCGCUGGUUCAAAGAAAACCGGUCUUCACUAAGAACAGGGUCACUUAAAUGGAUUGACCAGUACCAGCAGCAGUACGCUGUUGAUGGUCAUAAUGAGCAAAGCCAGAAAAAGGGAUCAAAACACACUGAGAGUCCAAAGAAUGGUAAUGAGGUGUCUCGGCAGCAUUACCAGGAGCAUAAAAAACUGAAUGAAGAAAAUGGGGGGAAACUAGUAGUGAGAGCAAAAAGAGACUGUGAACCGCUGAAAGACUCUUUGUUGGGGAAUCAAGCGGAGGGUACGGACAGGUUGGAGUGCAACAGCCAUGACGGCCACGGCAGCGAGGAGAACGAAGAGCCAGCCGAGGUCAACUGGGUGGAGGUGACAGUGGGUGAGGAUGACGCUGCAUCAGACUGUACGGACAGUUGGAGCCAUACGGCACCCGAAGGCCAGGCAGAGCUGGCGGACUUUGACUCUGAAAGUAUAUCUGGAGACAAUUCCCACGUAUAGACAGGGGUACUCCUCAGCUGCACUGUCCUGACAUCGAAGGGGAAAUGCUGCCUGAAAAUAGAAGAAAACUCUAUUUUCCUGCCUGGGGUGAGAUAGUGUGUUGCGACUCCAAGUCUCAAACCGCGCUUGCGGAGGCACAGUGAGAAAUACUCUCAUGGAGCAUCAUCAUGGGAUCGUUUAUAGUGCCAAAGUCCUACUACUGCAUUAAAAAAGAAAAGAAAGAAAAAAGGGUCCUUGUACAUAGGUUUCUCCUUAGCUUCUCUCCCACCCACUUACCUGCCCAGCUUCUUCCUCUACUGGAACAGAUUUGUACAACGUGGAAAUUUUGUUAACUUUUUAAUAGGUGCAAGUUAUUCUUGCAUAUAAUGCCAUUGCAAAAUUUGGGGGUUGGUUUGGGGGAGGGCAGUGUCUUUUGUGGGGGAGGAAGAGGAGUUUUUUUGGGGUUUUUUUCUGAAGCAUUUUAAGACAGAGUUGCAAUCUUUUGCAGUCUCAUUGGUGCAGAUCAACAUCUGAGCCCGGAUCCCCACCUUGGUUUACAUUUCAGCCCACUUAAAUGUGUUACAGGGCUGGGGAGGGUCCUUCUGGAGUGGUUGGGGUUUGGUUUUUUUCUUCUUGUUUUGACUUUUUUGUUUUGUUUUAUGGCCACCUGCUACUGGUUGAACUAUUUAAAUCUCUGCUUUUCCGUGCUCCUACAAGGCAAGUCUUCUCCGCUCCUGUACUUCACUUUUCACAAGCCAGCCCCAGCUGUGGGUCUUUGAAGAUUUGGCUAGAAUGCCUUUUUUUGUUCUUUGGGUUUGGUUUUUUUUUAGCACUUUCUGUUUAAACGUGCAGUACAACCCCCAGAGGGGUUGGAGCGAGGAAAUUAAGAUGCUUCAUAAUCCAAAUUUGUUUGUGUUUCUUCAGCUGGUACAACGAUGGACACUGUAACCAACAGUCUGCCUUCCAGCUUUAGAUGUUGUAGCGCACAACAGAAGUUUCUGACUAAUCCUUGCCACUAAAUUUUUAGAUUGAUCUUAGGUUCCCGAGUGCACUUUUUUCAAAUACUGCUAAUUUGGAUUUUUGUGGGGGUGUCUGUCCCUGCAUGUGUGAGGAGGAGGAGGGGGGAGACAGGAGCAUGGGUGCGCAGUCGAGUGCGUGCGAGAGCCGUCCAGUGCAUUCCUCUGGUAAGCUGGAUUCGGAAAACUUAUCCACCUUUCUGUAUGCUGCACAAAUAUGAUGCUUGGGAGUUUGAAUAAAUCCAACUUUUCUAACUUGUUGCUCAUUUGUUGUAACUCAAUAAAACAAAGGCUAAACAUUUUGGUAA